UUUGAAUUUAGCGAUGGGAAAGAAGACGAUUGGUAACCGAAAUGCUGCAAAACGUAGAGGUUUGCGUUCAUCGCUUGGUCUUGGUGAUGGUGCAAAAGUUCCGGAGGUUACUGGAACUUCUCACACUGAUGAGUACAUUGGACAGCAGGAUAGAAGAAGUGAUCCUGGUGUUAGUGAAGGAACUAAAGUUGUUCAAAUGGUAGUAAUAAAAGAAGUACCAAAAGUCAUGAAGAGGGUAAGAGAUUCAAGUCUGAAUCAAACCUUACUAUCUCUAAAGAAGAAGAAAAUAUCCGGUGUCGCUCAAGAAAAUACAGUAAACCCAUUCAGAACUAAUUGUUGUGGUAAAAGGCUUUGUGAGUUGAAUGAAGCUUUUACUUCUGAGCAGAAAAAGCUGUUACUGAAAUAGGUUUUGGUUCUUUGUUGCAUUUGAAGAUUACGAGGACUAACAAUGCUUUGAGUGCAUGGUUGGUGGAUAGGUUCGAUGGUGGUUCGGGGAUGUUUAAGGUGGGUUAUGGGAAAUAGUUCGAAGUGAACCAAUAUGAUGUUUAUGAUGUCUUUCAGUUCCCUAUGGUCGAAGGACAGGAUGUGCUGGAUGUCUCUAGGGGACCUAAUGCAGAUAAUCCGCAUUUUGAUUUAAAAGCAAGUUGGAGGGAGUAUUUUAAAGUUGAUCGGGAGAAAGGUCAGAUUGGUUUGAGUGCUGUAUAUUCUGAGCUAAAGAAGUUAGUGGAUGGUGGGGAGGUGUUUAAAAAGCUUUAUGUUUUAUUUGCCUUUUCCUCUUUUUUAGCUCCAGUUGUAAAUAACACGCUUGAUUUGCGACUUGUUCUAGCUGUACAUGAGGUUCAGAAAAUUCCUCAUUACAAUUGGUGUAAAUAUAUUUUGGGUAGAUUGAUGUAUGCAAAUGUUCUAUUCAAGAACUCGAUGUGGUCUAAAGCUGGUCGGGCGCAUUAUAGUGGUUGUAUAAUAUUGUUGCAGUUGAUUUACUUCCAUCACCUACAAAUUGGUGAUGGGGUGCCUCCAACUCAACUCCCUCUGUUGGCUCUUUGGGAUAAUGAGUCAAUUUCAAAGAGAGUUCGUCGUGAAGUACUCUGUGAUAAGUUUGGGAGUAGUUUGCUCGAUGAAACUUAUCCAAUCAGUGCCAAGUUUUACUUCACUGAAGAUGGACAAAUUGAUUUCAACCGGAUGAAGCCGGUUCAAAAGAAAAUUGAAGUUCAGUAUGUACCACGUCCUGUAUUGAGUGAUGAUACAAGAAGUGGUGGAAGUAGUGGUGGUGAUGCAACAAACAAGGCUGCGCCCAAGAGGAAGGUGAAGGGCAAGCUUUAUAUUCAGUUUGAGCUUCCGCUAGGAAGUCAGACUGAUGAA